UUCUUUCUUUCUCGUCGAGGAGUCAGACACAGGCUGAGCGGCGCGCGCGUGGUCCUCUUUCCCCACCCAGCAGCAUGGCUUCGCCCACCGAGGCCAUGUCGCCACCGAUGCAGCCGCCGCCGCCUCCACCGCCGUCGACAGGGACUUUUGCGACGGGGGAGACCGAGGCGAUACGGGUGGAUGGCAAUGGCACGAUGGCGCAGCACGUCCAGACAGACGAGAGCAUGGACAAUAUAUCCCUCAGCGCCGCGGCCCCUGCCUCACCCAUGGACGAUGGGGGAGCCACAAUGGCGCCUCCGCCGCUUCCCGCCUCCUCGGCCGCCGCCGCCGUCGCUGCUGCUGCCGCUGCUGCUGCGCGGUCGUCUGGACGAACAAUUAAGCCAACGCUCAAGCUGCGCGGCGACGAUGACGACGGCCUCCUGGAUGCCGCUGCCUCGUCAUCGUCGACCGUCCGCCAACGCCGCCAAACGACGACGACGAACGGGAGCAACGCGAGCUCGAGCGGCAGCGUCCUUGGCCGCGCAAAGGCUCCCCGCCUGAAGCUCAACGUCCGCGGCGGCAUCACGCACCGGGGCAAAGACCCCAACGCGCUGUCUGGGAAAAAGAAUGCUGCCUACAUGGACGGUUAUGACCGCGAGCUCGACAGCUCCGACGAUGAGACGGGCCAGGGAAUCGCGUUUGAGGAGCAGCUGAUCCUGCGCAUGCCCGAGGACAGCGACGCCACGAGGGUGCUCCAGGACUGGGUCCGCAAGCGCGAGGUCGGCAGCGAGGGCAGAGAGGUCGAGAUGAAGUUCAAGGACUCGCGGAGAGCCAUGUUCAAGAUGGGCGACCGCAUCUUCUCGUCGAAGCUCGUCGACCUGCCCUCGAUCAUCGAGUCGCACAAGACGCUCGACAACCGGCAGGUGUUCAAGAUCGCAGACAUCUCCCAGAUGCUCCUCGUCACGCACGAGGUAGACGACGAGGCCGAGGUGACUCGGACAGAAAAGGGCAAGGCUGGCUUUGGCAGCUCCGCCGGCAAGGACGAUGCGGCGAUGGGAGACAUGGAGGACUUUAUCUAUGAGCACGGCAUCACACCGCCGAUGCGGUAUGCGAGAAAGAGGCGGUUCCGCAAGCGGGCCCACAAGCGGACAAUCGAGACGGUCGAGAAGGAGGUCGAGAGGCUGCUGGCCGAAGACUCGAGGGCCGACGAGGUGGAAAACGUCAUGGUGGAUCUGGCAGAGGCCGAGCUCGACGACUCGGAUGCAGGCGGCGCCAGCCCUUCGGCCUCGCACGACGAGGGGGGCGCAAUGUCUGUCGCAGACACGCCUCGCGGCGACGGCGAGGACAGCAUGUCGAUGAUGGGCGAGGGCGAAGGCUACGAUGACGACGGCUACUCGCAGAUGGGCGACGGGGCUGGUGGCAUGGCAGACGAUGACGUGGACCUUGACCUGCAGCGGGAGCUCGAGGCCGAGUUUGCGCGGCAGAAUGGCCGGGGUGGUGGCGAAGAGGAGGAGGACGACGAAGAGGAUGAGGAUGACGACGAGGAUGACUCGAGCGAGGAAGGGGGCACAGCAAGCCGGGGCAGGAGCGCAAGCCGGGCGAGCGAUGAUGACUUUGAGGACGAUCUCUUUGAUGCCGAUGCAGAGGACGGCGAAGAGGGUGCUCAGAGAGACGAUGCCGAGGCAGGGGAGGGUAACGAGGACGAGGACGAAGAGGACGAAGACGAGGACGAGGAGGAGAGGGAGCAGAGGGUCCGCGAGCAGCAGCUCGAGGCCGAGUGUAAAGAGAUCGAGGGCAUGGUGCGCAAGAAGCAGGCAGAGGUGGACGGGGCCAUCAACCUCAUCAUGAAGCAACGCAACGGACAGUCGCUCCGGCGGCUCCAGACGGAGCUGGAUAUGAAGCGCGGACAGUUGACGACGCUCAAGCAGCAGCGGCGAGAGGAGAAAGAGGCAAAGAGAAUCGAAGCCCAAGCGGCGAGGGAGGCAGAGGAAGCUGCCGCGGCGGCUGCAGCUGCAGCUGCUGAGGGAGGUGACGCCGCAGAGAACGCCGAUGGCGACGUCGUCGCCGGUGGCGAGCCGCCCAAACGAUCAUCUCUGACUGGGCUGGAGGGCGGUCCUGCCGCCGUGUCGGACAGAGCCCACUCCUCGUCUUCGUCCUCCAAGGCUGCUGCGUCCUCGCAUGCCUCUGGUCACAAGGCCACGGGCGGCGACCCCAGCCAGCUCUCGGCCACUCAAUCUACGCUCCAGUCAAGCCACCCAACGUCGCUCACGAUGCAAGACACCGACGCAGACGACGAUGCCGAUGCCGAUGCCGAUGCCGAUGCCGAUGCCGAUGCCGAUGCCGACGCCGAUGCAGACGCCGACGCCGUCGAUGGCGAGGGUGAAGACGAGGAUGACGGGGACGAGGACGAGGACGAAGAGGACGAUGAUCCUCUCUUUGGCGGUGCCUGAUCUCCGCAUUUUUGGCACCGCACUGUACUACUACGCUUUUAAUGUAUGCUUAGACUGAGGUUCCCCUUCCUGCAAUGCAACAGCA